AUGCCUGCCACUGAACAAACUAUCGAAGAUCAGCGAGCGAAAGCAGGAUUUAACUUCCGAGAAGAUAUUGCUCCUGGCCUCGUGCUGGAAAUGCCUUUGAACAGUAUCCUCCAUUCAUCCAAAUCAGAGUUCCAGCAAAUCGAUGUCAUUGAUUCCUACUUCGGUCGGACACUUGUGACGGAUGGGAAAACCCAGAGUGCACAGUUUGACGAGUUUGCUUAUCACGAAACCCUAGUCCACCCUGCCAUUUGUACAUACGUGCAUAGAACAGGAAAAGCACCGAAAACUGUCUUUAUUGGCGGAGGUGGUGAGCUUGCAACGGCAAGAGAGGUAUUGCGUCACCCAGGGGUUGAACGUGUUGUGAUGGUGGAUCUCGAUGGCGCUGUUGUAGAUGUUUGUGUGAAAUACUUGCCCGAGUGGGGUGGGGAGGCAGUCAAGUCAGAUCCACGUCUUGAGUUGACGAUUGGUGAUGCCUAUGCAUACUUGCUUGAUACAAAGGAGACUUUUGACAUUGUUAUUAUGGACAUUUCUGAUCCAAUUGAAGCUGGCCCUGGUAUCAUGCUUUACACCAGAGAACUUUAUCAACAUGUUGCUUCCCGCAUGCCGUCAAACGGAGUUUUCGUGACGCAGGCUGGAAUCGCGGAUGCAGUGCCACCACCACAUGUCGACGCUGGAGACAGGGAUACAACUUGUUUUGGGCCUAUUCGCAACACACUGAGUGAAGUCUUUGAUGUCGUACUUCCAUUUACACAAAGUAUUCCUAGCUUUGGAUCAGAUUGGGGUUUCGUCAUGGCGUUCAGUCCACCAAAAGAAGAAUCCAAAGAUUCUCCAAUUCUUCCAAUAAGUAUAGUUGACUCUUUGAUCGAGAAGAACAUCAAGGGUGGGGCAGAUUCCUUGAAGAUGUAUGAUGGAAUAACUCAUCAAAGGAUGUUCCACUUGACCAAGGCAGUGAGAAAACAACUUGCUAUCGACAAACGGGUUAUGACAAAGGACAACCCUGUUUUCAUGUACUGA